GAAAAAUUUGUUAUAUAGAGUCAAUUAUUGGCAUUUAGCUUUAUUCCUAAAUUAAACGUGCAACUCGAUUAUAAUACGAAGUUAAUAGUGUCAAAAUAGUUUCAAAUAUUUUCGAAUCAGUAGCUUUACGAUGGCUACCACAGCGGAUAUUGAAAUUUCUAGGAAAUUAUCCAUACUCUCAGCUUUUAGUGACAAAUUUGCAGAAGAACGAAAAGUAUCUAAUAAACAUGAUCCUUCAAAAGGACCAAAAGAUUUUAUGUUUGCAGUACAUAUCGCCUGUUUCUUCGUUGGAUUUAUGAAUGUUAUGCCAAUGGUAUUUUUUAGUACAGCAAAGUCUUAUUGGAUGUACAAAUUUAGAAAUGCAACACUAGGAGAUGUUGUAACAGAAGGUCAAGAUCGAACUAAAUUGCAGGUAUAUUUCCAGCCUGCACUUAUGGCUGGUGGUACAAUACCAAGUGUAAUUUGUACCAUAUUGUUGACAUUUUAUGGUCACAAAAUAUCAUCCAUGUUCAGGAGUCUUGCUUCGCUAGUGUUACUUGGUCUUGUGUUUGCUAUAUUUGCAAUAUUUACUCAAAUUGACACAGAUUCAUGGCAAACUGCAUUUUUUGCGUUAACUGUAAUUUUGUUGAUGUUGAAUAGUGCUGGUGUAGCAACAUUUCAAAUGUCAUCAGUUAUACUAAUCGCUAAACUACCUCCAAGCUAUAUGUUCUGGUACCUUAUUGGUCAAAAUGGAACUCUUCUGACUACCGCCUUACAGAUCAUUUCGGUGGCUGUCACCAACAGUAGCGUUACAUCCGGAUUAAUUUAUUUUACUGCAGGAACCACGCUUAUAACAAUCGCAAUAACGUUUGUUAUGAUUGCUAGAAAAUCACAAGUAUUUAAAUAUUAUGAGGUUGAAAAUAUAAAAGAUCAACAUGCUGAACACAUCAAUUUUGGAGAAAUGAAAAAACUGGUAAUGAAAAUCUGGCCUACUCUAGUAGUUGUAGGAGUCCUUUUCUUCACGUUUAGUUUCAUCCAUCCGUCAGUCACAACCUUAGUGGAAUCUGAAUAUGCGGACGAAAAGACUGCAUGGACACAAAAAUAUUUUACACCAACAAUUGUUUUCCUGCUAGCAGAAAUUUCAUCCAUCGUAGGGAGGGUACUAUCUCAUAAAUUUUCAGUUACGCAUUCCAAUAAAUGGUGGUAUAUACUCGCCUUGACUGUAAGACUGAUUUGUACACCAUUUUACUUGUUCUGUAAUGCACAACCAAGAUCACACUUACCAGUAAUCUUCAAUCAUGAUUGGGAGUUUAUUGUAGGACAUAUAAUAUUUAGUAUGUCCAUGGGAUUUUUGAUGCAUGUAGGCUUUAUGAGUGUCAGAACGUUGGCAGAAGGUAAGACGGAAGUUGGCUUAAAAAUAGUUACAUUAACAUUAUCUCUAGUAAGCGCAGCAUCAACGUUUAACGGAUUCCUUACAGUUAUGCUCCUUUAAAGACGAAUCUGAAAUAUUGGUAUACAUACUAAUAUGAAUUAGAAAUACAUUAAAACGGUACACUCUAAAAGUAACAAAUCGAGUACAUCGUUUUUUAAUUAAAAAUACUUGUCUAUUAUUUUGUAAAUAAUUUUGUAACUAAACGUUAUUUUUUAAUAAAUAUCUAUGUUUUUUUUU